AUGAGCUCCGUCCAAGAGGAGAAGCCUCCCACCGAGGGUCCGAAGACUCGCAUCCACGAGCUGCGCAACGCGGAGCUGGUGUCGCGCCUGCUGGCCGCCACGCCGCCCUACCUGUACAGCGCGCUGCCGCUGCAGCCCCACGCCUUCUUCUUCAGUGAGAUGCUGCGCUCCUUCGUCAGCGCCCGCCACGGCUGCCGCCCGCCGCACCACCACCGCCGCUUCAAGCGACGCUCGCACAAGUACUUCGCCGAAAACGACGAUAAUUGGCAACGACGCGCCGACUGGGCUAAACCGGAAGAGGAUAAGAAGGACCCUGAACCGAUACGUCCUGAAGUACCGCUAGAAUUGACAGUUGACAAGCACACAAAGAUAAGAGAUCCUUCUCCGACCAGACUGUCGCCGUCACCGAAAACUGAGGACACAAAACCCAGCAGUCCGGGGCGCCCGGAGCGGCGAUCGUCGUUUGUUGACGUCGGGACGGAGGACCUGGCCAAGCCGCUGCCCAGCGUGGGCCGCAGCCCUGUCGAGGCCGCACCCCCAUCUAACUUGAUCCUCCCGCCCCCCCCGCCUAUGUGGUACCCACCGAUCUACAAUCCCCAGUUCGGUGUCGACCCUCUCAACUUCUUCAUAGACCUACGCGUUUCAGGCCACAUCUACGAUCGCAAGCGAGCAGCGGCUGAGGGUCUAGACACUGGCGUGAGUGCCGAGGUGAAGACAGAUGACAUUCCCAGCGUUGGCAAGACCUUGGGCCGAGAUUUUGGACAAAGGCCGCGACAUGUCUCAGCAUUCUCUGUCCCGGUGCGGUCUAGUAACAUCUCCGUCGACGCUCCAGCUAAAUACUUUGACCACAGCCUCCCAGAACGAAGCCCUAUGAGCGGGAAAGUGAAUGGUACUUCAUACGUGAUGAGGAACUUGAAGCGCGUCUACGAACAUUUGCAGUCGGCGCAGAACGUGAAAGAAGAUAAAACGGAAAGGGAGGAUGACACUAAAGAGGAUUCCUCAGAUGUUAUUGAUGAUGACAUUAUGGAAUAA